AUGAUUAGGGUAGAGAACAGCAUCACCAGGCCGAGGGCGCAUUAUCGCCCACCAUGGCUCGAAGGCAAGGGAGAAGCAAUACACGACCAGCAGGCAAGUGUUGUGCCAAAUCAGCCGAGCUGCCUUGAACAGGCCAAGGAAUAUAUUGCCUAUGUACUAACUGUAGGGUUUCAUUAA